UGCUUUUUGGCGUUUUGCGGUUUCGGUGUUCGAGGUGGAUAAACGAACGCACCUGCGAAAGAAAGACAACAAAAAGUGUCAAACAAACGCGCUUUCCUCUGUACCGUCAGCAACGUUGUGGAGUUGGGUGGGGAAGUUGGUUUUUUUAAAUGUUUUGAAAGUGAUCUCGGCGCUCUGACAUGCUAUGAUGGCAUGGCCAUGUUGCGUUCCCUCGUUGUUGCUCUUUCUGUGCGUGACCAGAGUGGCAUCGGAUUGCGAUAAGGCGCUGCUAAAAAAUGCUAGGUUAUCAGCAUCUUCAAGCUUCGCCCAGGAUAGGGGACCCUACAAGGCCCUUCUGGACAGUGGAUCGUCCUGGACGGCCAAGAACUCCGACUUCGACCAAUACCUCACGGUGGAGUUCAAGUCUGAGAUGAGCAUCACAUCCAUUGUGACCAUGGGCAAGCAGUACAGCCCCGAGUUUGUGCAGGAGUACAAGAUCUACUACGGCUUCAACGGUGGAGACUUCACAGAGUACAAGGACCGGGAAGGCAACAGCAAGCUGUUCAUGGGCAACCGUAAUGGGGACACGGAGAUGAGCAACAAGUUCACGCCGCCCAUCGUGGCCCAGUACAUCCGCAUCAACCCGACCAAGUGGAGGGACCGCAUCUCCCUCCGCCUGGAGCUCUACGGCUGUGAAUACGAGGCGGAGCCACUGCACUUAGACGGGAAGAGCUACGUGUCGAUGGACCUGAGCCGGCGGCCCAUCACAUCGACGGAGGACUCUCUGCGACUCCGCUUCCGCACCAACCAGGCGGACGGGCUGCUGCUGUACAGCCGUGGGGCACAGAGGGACCUGCUGGCUCUUCAGCUGGUCCACAACAAGCUGCUCUUCAGUGCCGACCUGGGCGGCGAGGGCGUGGUGACGGAGGUGACUUGCGGCAGCCUGCUGGACGACAACAUUUGGCACGACGUGCACAUAUCCCGCUUCCGUAGGGAGCUCGUCUUCUCCGUGGACCGGGUCGUGGUGCGCCGGGUCCUCCGAGGGGACUCCUUCCAGCUGGACCUCAACAACGAGCUGUUCAUCGGGGGCCUGCCCAAUUUCAACCAGGAGGGCAUCAAAGUGGCGGCCAACUUUUCGGGCUGCCUGGAGAACCUGUUCCUCAACGACACCAACGUCAUCCACGAGCUCAGGCACCAGGACGACCGCUCCCUCGUCUACACCCGCUUCGGGCAGGUCCUCUACAACUGCAGGUUUGAGCAAGUGGUCCCCAUCACGUUUGUCAGCUCCGAGGCGGUGCUGAAGGUGGGCGGCUACAUGCAGCGCGUCAUGAACUGCAGCUUCGACUUCCGCACCUUCAACGAGCAGGGGCUGCUGCUCUACAACAAGUUUUCCGUCGAGGGAUACGUCAAGUUGUUCCUCGACACUGGACGAAUCCGCGUGGAGCUUCAGGGCAAGAAAACUCCGGUGGUACUUCUUCGUCCCUUCGACGAGCCCCUGAACGACGGACGCUGGCACCGCACCAUGCUGGUGGUGCUGACCAACCGGAUUGAGCUGCACAUCGACGGCAAGCCCAGCAUCACCACCCGCCUCUUCUCCAUGGAGACCGGGAGCGAGUACCUCAUCGGGGGCGGAGUGUAUGGCAUGCGGGGCUUCAUCGGCUGCAUGCGCUUCCUGUUCGUGGAGGGCCGCUACAUCGACGCGGGGUCCCUCACUUCGGACCAAAAGGAGGGGCAGCUGCUGCUCAACGCCUGCCAGAUGGUUGACAGGUGCCAGCCAAACCCGUGCGAGCACGGCGGGGUGUGCAAGCAGGACUCGGCGGAGUUUGUGUGCAACUGCACCGACACCGGAUAUGCGGGCGCUGUCUGCCACCUCUCACUGCACCCGCUGUCCUGCGAGGCGUACCAGAUGAAGAAGAAGCCGAAUGAGCAGAGGAAGGCGAUGAUGAUCGACGUGGACGGCAGCGGCCCCCUCACCCCAAUACCGGUGGAAUGCGUCUUCUUACCAAACAACGUGACUGAGACGCUGGUGCACCACAAGAACGAGCUGACGACGGACGUGAAGGGGUUCCGGGAGCCAGGCAGCUUCAUCCAGGACAUAGUGUACGACGCGCCGCUGGAGCAGAUGGUGCAGCUGGUAAACCGGUCCACCCACUGCCGCCAGAGCCUCACCUACGAGUGCUUCAACGCCCGCCUCUUCGACACCAGCGUUCAAGACACGGGGCCGGACACGUUCUCGCCGUACGGCUGGUGGGUGAGCCGCAGCAAUCAGAAGAUGGACUACUGGGGCGGGUCGGUGCCCGGCUCGCGCAAGUGCAAGUGCGGCCUGUACGGCACCUGCAAGGACCCCCAGCGCUACUGCAACUGUGACGCCGGGCUGGAGGAGUGGACCAUGGAUGGGGGCGAGCUCACGGACCGGGACUACUUGCCCGUGCGCCAGCUGCGCUUCGGGGACACCGGCUCGGCCUCUCUCCUGGAGGACCGCAAGCGCGGCCGUUACACCCUCGGGCCGCUCGACUGCCAGGGGGACGCGCUGUUCGAGGACGUGGUGACCUUCCGGUACACGGACGCCACGAUCGAGGUGCCCCACCUGAACCUGCGCCAGUCAUGGGACAUCUACUUCCACUUCAAGACCACCGCCGAGAACGGGGUGCUCUUCCACAACAAGGGCCCCACGGACUACAUCAAGCUCGUGCUAAUCGGUGGGGACCAGAUCCAGCUGCUGUACGAGACGGCAGGUGGGGGCCCCCAGGGGGUGAGCGUGGAGACGUCGUACAAGCUGAACAACAACGUCUGGCACUCGGUGCACGUGGAGCGCAACAAGAAGGAGGCCCGCAUCAUCGUGGACGACAGCCAGGGCGCAGAGGUGAAGGAGAAGCCCGACCGUUCCCACGCCCUCAACCUGCCGGGCAGGCUGGUCAUUGGAGCAAGCGUGGACUACAAGGAGGGCUAUGUGGGCUGCAUGCGGGCCUUCCUGGUGAACGGGGUGCCCGUGCAGCUGCGGGCCCACGCCCGGGAGGGCCUGUACGGGGUGUCCCUGGGCUGCGUGGGCAAGUGUGCCUCGGCCCCGUGCCUCAACGGGGGCUUCUGCCUUGAGGGCUACCAGGGAUACACCUGCGACUGCCAGUGGACCCCCUUCAAGGGACCCAUCUGCGCCGACGAGAUUGGGGUGAACCUGCGGUCGGACUACUUUGUGCGGUACGACUUUGAGACGACUCUGUCCACGCUGGAAGAGUACAUCCGGGUGGGCUUCACCACGACUGAGCACCACGGCAUGAUCUUCGGCAUGUCUUCCCGCACGGGGGAGUACCUCAACCUCAUGAUGUCCACCAGCGGUCACCUCCGUCUGGUGUUUGACUUUGGCUUUGAGCGGCAGGAGAUCAUCAUCAAGAAUGAGAACUUUGCCUUGGGCCAGAUCCACGACAUUCAGAUCAAGCGCUCACAUAAUGGCCAGAGGCUUACCAUCUUUGUGGACAACUAUGAGCCUCAGGUGCACAUAUUUGACAUCAAGGGCAAGGCAGAUGCACAGUUCAAUGAGCUCCAGAGUAUCUACGUGGGGCGCAAUGAGUCCAUGGGCACGGGCGAGGGCUUUGUGGGCUGCAUCUCGCGGGUGCAGUUUGACGACCACAUGCCCCUGAGGCGGUACUUCCAGGAGAGCCGGCGCUCCAACGUGCACGCCCACCCGGAGGGGCUGGUGCGGGAGGACACGUGUGGCAUCGAGCCGGUCACCUAUCCGACCCCCGUGGAUGAGACUCGACCGCCCCCCACUCUGCCCCCGGGGGUCUACCGCGAGCCCUGGGCCUCUUCCUCCUACGCAGACUCGGCCAUCCUCGGCGGAGUGCUUGCCGUGAUCCUGGCGGCGCUGGUCCUGAUGGCGAUCAUCAUGGGGCGCUAUGUGUCCCGCCACAAGGGGGAGUACCUGACCCACGAGGACAUUGGGUCCAAGGACGCCCCCGACGCAGACACGGCCGUGGCCCACGGGGUCAGGGGACACGAGGUCGCCAAGAAGCGGGAGUGGUUCAUAUGAGGGACGCCCCACCUCCCUGCGACCCCGCCGGCCCCGGCACCACUCGGAGGUUGUCGCCGUCCUGCGGCCUUUGCCUGGAGACACGUGCAACGGGAGGUUGAAAGCAGGUUAAUGUGCCGCCAUUUUCGAGCUAGAUGUCUCGAGAGAUACUUUGUUGAUGUCUACGUCUUUCUAGAGGCCGUCGGAAGGUGAUGGAGCUAGAAGGCAGCUAUAAGACGUUUCAAGAUAUCUCCCUAGAUGCCUUGUUGCCCGAAAUUGGUGGAAGCAGGAGACAGCCACGAAACGUUUCAGGCGUCCUGCAAGUGUUUACGAGGCAUUUCUCUAGACGUCAUAGCUCGAAAUUGAUGAAGCUAAAAGACUGCUGUCAUCUGUUAGGUGUAUCGAAACACGUCGUAGAUGUCUUUGAGACCUUUCUAGAUGCCUUGUUGCUCGAAAUCGACGGAGCUAGAAGACAGUUACGAGAUGUCUCGAGACAUCUGGUAAAUAGGUGCCUCGUAGCCUGAAAUGGAUUGAGCUAGAAGACAGCUAGGAUGCGUUUCAACGCGUCUUGCCCAUCUUGCCAAGAUGUCGAGGGAACUGCAAAGAGGCGAUGUUUGCCGUUUGACCAUCACCGCCACGACUACUCCCCUGGAGCGAGGUUGGCCGUUGGAAGAAUGGCUCGUGCUAGUGCAACCUGGUGGGAAGGUGUGCAAAGAAAGCUUUUCGAGGGACUCUGGGCCCCUUUAUGGAUGGGACAAUUGUUUCUGCGGUGCGGACUUUGCAGCAGUUUGUUGGCCACCAACAGUGCGACACAGCGAAAUCGUUUCCAGGUCAAACUUGGUUACUUUGGUGCACCACUGUUCUGCGGAGGUCUGGAUACUCAAACAAAGCACUUUGAGUAGGCGAGUGUUGUUGCGUGUGAAUGCCCGACGGAUAGCAGCAGCUGUCGAGUUUAGCAGGCAAAAGAAAAGUCGCCCCAGCCAAGGCUGCCUCGGACGAUCAAGAUCUGCCCACCAAAUUGGGCUACGUGUGUCAAAAAUAGUUUGUAUAGUGGGUUUGGAUUUAGCUCUACGGGUAAAAAUUGACGGCGAGGAGGAGACGAGAGUGUGCGGGGACGUCAGAACGCCGAGCUCUGGUUGGAAUGACUUUGUGGAUAUGCGCAAAGCUGUUCAGACGCAUAUGAAUGCGUGUGCCCGACUUAGGCGUUCAAACGCAUUCGAACAGCGAAUAGAGACAAAGGCAGCUAGCUUUGCGCCUCUCCACUAAUCACUCCAACCAGAGCUUGGUGUUCCGACGUCCCCGCGCCCUCUCGUCUUCUUCUCUCCCUCAUUUGCUACCCGUAUAGCAACGAGACAAGCAGUUUGGAAAGAAGCUGGUACAAGAUUGAAUGAAUGACCAGAUUACAAUGUUAGGUUUUAGCCGCGUUUUUAUUCCAUUCUGUCACCUUCACUAUGUUGCUUGUCACGUGAAGGGGUACUAUGUCGUGUCUCAGCCACUCUGGAAGAAGAGAAAAAAUUACGAUCCUUUUCGGAUAGGUUUUUUAACGACAUUUGUGGCCGGUGCGUUUUACGGAGGCUUUGCGUCGAUUCCCGACCUUUGUGACACGGAGGCAUUACAGCUUUAAAAGUAGCACGUCUUGCUCCUCGAGGUAGUUCCAUUUUUGCUACGGUUGCUCGAAGCAUUUACGGGGAAAAACGGGGUACGAGAAAUUUUGGGUGCUUUUGUCGGAUCCAGAAAUAGGCCUCUGUACUUCGGUGAGACGGAACGGAUACUUUGUUUCUUCAUUCUGUCUUGUUUUCGCACUUGAAGUGACACACUCUUCUUUUUUGCGUUUUCUGUUGCAUUUGAUGUUGCGCCUAAUUUUUGUCUAAACUCGUUCAUAGGGUUCCAAUAUUUCGCUCGGUGGUUUCAAACCCGAAUCUCAUUACGUAAGAGGCAAAGCAGGAGCGAGCUUGUGGUCUCCCUUACCUUCACAAGAGCUGUUUCACUGCCAAUGUAACCACUCCCCACCCCACGUGGCACAGAAUGCGAGGCCCAUCUGGAACCCACCAGGCCACUGUGUUCCCCAGAUGUGCCGCACAUUGCCUACCGCUGGGGCUCCCGUAUUAUUAACCCACUGAUCCCGCUAAUCUCAAUGGACUGUGAUACCCGGUCAGUGGCGCUCGGUGCCUCGAUUAUGGCGAGUCGCCCCGUUUGCUCGUUGUGAUGCUUUUGACAUUCCAAACCGACUUCGCCACGUAAAUUUAAUUGCACCUAGACCAUAUCCUACGUUGAAAAACCCUGUAAAGAACAUUUGAAUCCGUUACAAAACGUGGCUGCAUUUAUUUCCUGCGGAGUGCUUUCUUCAUUGUUUUUCUAGGUGAGCGGGAUUUCAAUGCGAACGUUUCGGAAGACCCAUUUUGUGAGAAAUGUUUUGGAGCAACGAAAGCUGCAAUCUCGAGAAAAAAAGGGGACACCCAGAGGAAUGUUCAAGUGCAUAAGUUGCUGUACUAAGUUACCGCUCAAGAAGGUAGGGCAUGGGAAAGGAAGACUGGGGAGGGAGAAGCAGACGGAAUGCUGGAGAGGAGAGGGGGCAAUUUCCUCCUCUCUCCUGCAUUCCAUCUGCUUCCUCUCCCUUGCCCUACCAUCUGGAGUUGCAACAGACUAUAGUAAUUUUUUUUUUCCUGGAAAGGUUGGUGGUUUUUGCUCAAUGUAACUCCAUUCAUGUAAGUACCCUUGUUUUUAUAUCAACUGUUGGUGACUACUAUUCAACAUUCCUAGGAGUUCAACAUUCCCUUCAGUGAUUCUCGUCUUUCUAAGGCUGCUACAUAUACUACUAGCUAGAUAUAUUAGUGUUUGGAUGUAGAAAUGAAGACUGUAAACAUGUGCAUACUAUAUGUUUUAAAUUGUAGUUUGCAUAAAAGGGCAUUUCCGAAAGGAAGCGUCAAUAUAAGGUGCGCAUAAAUUGCUUUUUUUAUCUUUCUUUGAGUAUCAUUCUAGAUUAUUAUCGUGGAACAAUUGGAUCUAGCUAUUUAGAUUUCAAUUUGUCCCGGUCAGCUUUUUUUUUUUUUUUCUUUCAGUGACAUUAUCUAUUAUUCACCAUCUCUUUCUGUUUAUUAUCAUGAAAUAACAAAAGCAUACUCUUUUAUUUUUCGUGGACCACAGUGAAUGCUGUCUAAGGGUAUUGUGGUAUGAGCAUUGUCGGUGGUUUGGCAAGAUCUUUUCUUGUGAACCAUCUCUGUAUGCGGAUAUAUGUACGUACCUAUGUAGUAGUGUGCAAGUGCAAGAUGUGGGUACCGGUAUAGCUCUAUGACGAGCCACCAUCUAACGUGAAAACGGUGACUAGCCAGAUUGCACAAAAGAUGCAAAUGUUAUGUACAUAUUGUUGGUUAAUAGGUACGAGCCCUUAAAGUUUCCUCUUGUAAAAACAGAGUAGGGCUUUAUGCUCACUAAUGCUCUUCGUGUCAAGCUGCACGACAUUGUUGGUGAACUUGCCAGUUUCUACUAAUACAAACGCGGAGAAUGCGGCAGUUAUUUUUUGUGCGUCAGGUCGUUGGUAUGUUCGAGUGAGUAGCUUGUGCAGCUGUGGUGGCAUUUCACGAUUUUACUUCUGUCAGUGGUGCUAUGAACAGCCUUCAGACCUGUUCGGGCAUUUUGCGGAGAGAUAUUACAUACGGAUCAUUUUGUAAGUAGUUUUCACUGCAUGUCACCUCCUGAUUAUUUUUUUUCUUUCACGUGGUAUUGCGUGUUUUUGCAUCGUUUUAUCGCACAUACUUCCGUCCCAGUUUUUAUCGCUUUCAUUUGUUGCGAGUUCUUACUGUAUCGGAUUCAGGUGAAGACGCUAUCUAGAAAAUGUUGUCUUUGUGGCACACGGCAACAAACCGCCAUUACCUUGUGUCCAGAAUCUCACAAUGACAUUGAUUUUUAACUUUUACAUGGUCUUUGUCACUUUUGACGGGGAGUGCAUUUAUUAUGCGAGUGUGAAUUGCCUCAUCUGUUUGUCUUUCUACGGAGAUUGCGAUACAAGGCAGUUUUAAGUUUCCAAUGCCCAAAUCCCAAAAUCUCGUUGGUGUUUGUUUCUUUUUUUGUGUGUAUUCAGCAAUGCUUAUCCUCCUUGUUUCUCGAGACGAUUUAGAAGAGUAUUUGGAGCCUCAAGAGCAGGCACAGCAUGGUGAGCUGCACGGGGGACUACAAGCAUUCCCAGUGUUGGGUGCAUAUUUUCCAGUUUUACAUGCCGCUCGACGUCGUUCCAAAAGGGCGGCCCUGCAUAGAUGCUAUUUUCCGUCUUUCAGUGCUAUGUCUGUGACACUGAUGCGGUGCAGAAUAAAUAUUUUGCAGAUACUA